AUAAACAACAAUUAUUAGACGUUAAGCAGUGUAAAGAGGUGUGCAGAUGGAUUAAGGUGAACGUCUAUUUACCUUGGACAAGAUGUUAAGCCCUAAUCACUGAGCUAGACCAAUGACCUCUGACUUGGUUAAGGAGGAAGCCAAUGCAGCCUUGUUCCAAGUGCUAACUCCUAAGUGAGGAGGGCCACACGCAACCUGUGAUUAAUAACUCCAAGGGCAACAACUGGUUUCACAUAAGGAGGAUAAAAACACAUCACACUUCUUCAAGGCCAAUGUUGUGCCACUGUGGCGAGGAGGAUGGUGUUGGGGGGCGGGGGGAGGGUUGUUCGAACAGAAGCCCACAUUUAACAUCACUUGGUUGUAAAAUGAUUGCACGGAGCUCUCUGCAUCUUUAAGUGCAUCAUUACAAGCUGUGGGGUUUUUCUCCUUUUCAUUCCUCAUCGACCCGGCGCGGGAAUGUAAAACAAGGCCAUCAAUAUUUUCACAGGGAAUCUUUAUGCACCCUGCGAUUUCUGAUUGCACAGUGCCAGAAUGUCCCCUAAAGUGCGCCCAUUUCAAACGCAUUCAAUGUGUCCCUCUCCAUACAGUUACUGAAGCGGCUUUAGUGCAAAGGUGUUAAGAGAAGGCUCUGUUUGUAUGCAGCACGUGAAAACAAUGAGAAAGUGAAGAGGAAGCGGUGUGACUGUGCAAGAAAAAAAAAAUCACAUAAAAAUCACUUCAAUUCAAAUCUUCUUUGUGUGGCCUGCAUUAACAUGCUGUGACACAAGCGGGGACGGGUCCACGUAAUGACACCCCGGGGAUUUGGCUGCAUGCGGAUGGCGGGAGGACGGCCGGUUUGUUACGGCAGAUCUUUAUUGCUCGUCCCUCCUGUACCAUUCAGGGCUGACUUUGGGCUCGUGGUGCUAACUGGUUGUUAAUUGCCAGCCUAUACACAGGCUUUCAACGCAUGCAGAAACUAGCCCCUCUCAGGGAAACUAGCCUAAUGAGAUUAUCUGUCAGAGCGAGGGUCUGUCUAGACAGCCCCAAUACACACACACACACACACACACACACACACACACACGAUGGGCAGUGCUGCAGGCAUGAGAGGACGCCCUCAGGUAAAAUGUACCUGUGGAAGGAGCGCUACAGUGUUAUCAUCACACCAUUAUGGCUUUGCACGGACUUUCCCUCCCAGCGUUAUUUCUUUUAUGGAGAAAAAAGAUGAGUGUGAGUUCAACAUCAGCAAAUGACAGAGGUGGAGGACUCGAGUCACAGGUCUCAGUUGGAGUUAGAUUGAAGUUACCAAUUUUAGGAGUUGGGACUCCCUUGGCGAAAUGUUAUAAACGACUCGGCUUCACUUUGAAUUGGUAUUCAUGAGAUUUGACUGGAUUUAGACUGUAGUACAUGACCGAACAAGACUUGCCAGUUUACAUUUGAAGAUCUGCACAAAAGUCUGCCAUUUGUUUAAUUUUUGAGAAUAAAAGUUUUUGUGUAUUGCGAGCGAAGCUGGCAAGCCACAGGUAGGCCCAUGCUUUGACAGCAUGAAGCAAGUGUGGCAGGAGACCCAACAUUUAUUGCAUUUAGAUUCAAGAAUAGGGUUUUCGAUAACAUCGAGAAAAACAGAACAGUAACAUACAAAGUUUGUAACUCAAAGACACACGACUACGACAUCUAACUUCAUGACUAUGAAACCUACGGAUGCAGGUCAGCUAGGUUAGCUUCACAUUUUAGCUCACGGAUUGAUGGUCGAACAUGAACUAAGCUUCAUGCUGGUUAUAUGGAGACUAGUUUCGCCUGAAAACUUGAGUGUGUAAACUCGAGACUUAUUUAUGAUUUGCACAUGUCGAACUUAAUCCCACCUCUGUCAAAUGCUAAUUAUUUGGAUUUUUAUGAACCAUCUUCUCAUCACUAGCUAUAUAGCUAGCUAUCUAAACUCUGACAUAACUUCUAUCCCUUUUGCGGGAUUAGGUGACUACCGGUAGGUCAUUUAGCACAUUGCUCACACACACACGCACACACACACACACACACACACACACAUACACACACACACACUUUUUUGUGUGCAGUUGUGUCUGUGUGAAUGAUCUUUACGCAGCUUUUGGUGCCGCUGCCCCUCCAUCCCCGAUCUACAAGCAGGAAAGUACGUCCAUAUUUGUUUAAAAGUCUCUUAGCAGUUAAUAAAGAUGCAUUUCCUCCAACCCUCUUCCUGGGGGGACGGUAUCAAGACUCUGUUAAGUUUCUUUGAUUUCUGCCACCUCCAAUCCCAGCAGGACAUUGACUCAUCAUUGUGGCACUUCAAAGCCUGGGAAUGGCCGGCCUGACCCCACCCACAGCAGAAGCCCCCUUAAAAGUCACGGUCAUCCCAGAGCGAACAACUGAAAGAUGCUCACAUCAGCGAUGCAACUUGACUGAAUGACUGGAUGUCUUUUUUUGUUUUUGUUUUUUUUUUUUUUGCAAGAGAAAAAGAACAGUGGAUAUCAUUACGUGGAUUCCUUAUUGGCCCUCUAAACUGGACUUUUUUUGGUAAUAUACAUUACGCUUGAGAAUCGUGAUCAUGCAGUCCAUCAGGGACUUGAAGGCAAACUUCAGCGGCCCUCCUCCCUCUGCCAUGGCUUCGGGUGAUGCUUAUCUCCAGGGCAACAUCCGCAUGACUCUGGAGGACCCCGAUCUCUGGCGAACCUUCCAUGAGAUUGGAACAGAGAUGAUCAUCACAAAACCGGGCAGGAGAAUGUUUCCACACUGCAAAGUCAAUCUGUCUGGUCUGAUUCCUUGCGCCAAGUACAUUUUACUGGUUGAUAUGGUGCCAGAGGAUAGCUUCAGAUAUAAGUGGAAUAAAGAGAAAUGGGAGGUGGCGGGAAAAGCGGAGCCUCAGCCCCCCUGCAGGACGUACCUGCACCCCGACUCUCCGGCCCCGGGGAGCCACUGGAUGAAACAGUCCAUCUCCUUCCUCAAGCUCAAGCUCACCAAUAAUACUCUCGACCAACACGGCCACAUUAUCUUGCACUCGAUGCAUCGCUACCACCCGCGCUUCCACAUCGUUCAAGCCGAUGACCUGUUCAGCGUCCGCUGGAGCGUUUUCCAGACUUUCACCUUCCCGGAGACGUCUUUCACAGCAGUCACUGCAUACCAGAACACAAAGAUCACCAAGCUGAAGAUUGACCAUAACCCGUUCGCCAAAGGUUUUCGUGACGAAGGCACAACUAAGAAAAGGCGCGCAAACAAGAACCCGGGCGAACUCGACAAGAAAGUCAAACUUUCUGAAAUGAACGGGAAGUCUGAGGAGGACAGCCCAUCAGAUUUCUGCAGGUCGUCUUUUGAGGGUUACGAAGGAGACGAAGCAGAGCUGCAAAAGAGGAAGGAGGCGGACGAGAUCAAGGAGAAGCGCUACUCCCCUUGGUCCGCAGAGAGGAGGGAGCACAGCGCCAGGAACGGCUCUCCUCCUGCUGCUGAAACACGGGACAUUUACAACACCGAGCAACUGGUUCCUGCGCCGGCAUCCUAUCAGCCUUACAGGUUCCACGAUUAUGGAAAGUCUCCCUCCCCGUCCUCCAGCGUCGGCAGCAGCGCCAGCGGCUCGGGGCGCAGCAGCUUCGAGUCGCGCGUCCCCGACGUGGCGGUCCCUGACCACGACUCCUCAAAACCCGGCACGCAAGAGGGGGCCCCCUCCCCUUGCGCCCCUCAGCAUUUCCCAAGCACCCAAGACUACCCCGGUGUGCUCAACAUGACUGUGGCCCAGGCAAGCAAGCCGGGCGUUCUGGGCCACCACAUCUACGGCCCUUACGGCGCCGAGCAGCCCCUGGGUCAGUGGAGCGGCUCGGGUCCGGCCCAGUACCCGCCUCCUCACCACCUGACCGCCGAUUACACCGCGCAAGCCGUGCAUCCCUAUCCCCAUGGCAACGUGACCGAGUGGAGCCAGUACCCGCUGUUCUCUUAUUCUUGCUGGUGAGCGCCUCUCCGUUGGAGACGGAGUGAUUUUCACCAUGCUGACACGGUGUUGCUCACAGUGCCAUGCGUACACGUUUACACGCAGUGACCGGCCAAGGCCUGCAAUGACGAUACAAUAAUCGGUGAUAUCAUGCAAUGAGUCGUCUGCGGCUCACACAGGAUGAACUGAGACUUGCUAUGACUACAAAAGUGUGCAAUGUCAUUUUGAGGAAUUGGUCUAUUGUCGAGGUGUCUAUUUAUUUUGUAUUUCAUGCCAUCUCAUCGUGAAUAUAUUUUUGUUAAAAAAUGUAAAAAAGGGAAAACUCAGAAAGAGAAAGAAAGUAAUCAUAAGAAAGUGUGCAAUUAAUUUUAUGUCUUCCAGUGUUGAUGUGAUCUGAAAAUAAAUGUGGUGUCUUUUAAAAUCGGACUUUGCCACAACAUUCACUUUAAAUGUAUUUUAGAUUAGAUUCUGGCUCUUUGUCAUUACAUUUCUCACAGGUACGAGGCAACAAUAACAGACUGAAGAUUGUGUCAACAUUAAUUCAA